GUGACGCCCGUGGAAUGCCAACAAUGUAGCGAAUGUCCCACUUGGGUCUGCGCGUCGGAGCGGAGCCACGAGCACCCGGGAAGAUGGAGCCGCCGCCGUCUGCGCCGCCGCCCCGGUCUCCGCGGGGCUACCAGCCGCUGCCGCCACCGGCGCCCGGUCACUCGGUGCGCGAGGCCCCGGGGCCGCGGACGACGGCGCCCCCGCGGCGGUAGACGGUGCCGAGAUAGUGAUGAUCUUCAAAUUGAAGGCUCUGGAAACUUUUGGUUCUCUAUAGGAACUACAAAAAUUGAAGGAAAGAAAAUGUUUUAAAGGAAAUUGUUUUGAAACUAUGUUUACAACUAACUGAUACUGUUCAGUUUUUAAAAAUAAAACCCUUUAAGAAGAUUGUACUUAUGGUAAGAAGAAACUGGACUUAAAAUGAGGCCAAAGACUUUUCCUGCCACAACUUACUCUGGAAACAGUCGGCAACGACUGCAGGAGAUUCGUGAGGGGUUGAAGCAGCCCUCGAAGUCUUCCACUCACGGGCCACCUGUAGGACCAAGCGACACUUCCCUGGACACCAACGUCCUGGGGGGCAAGGAUAUUGCCCGUCAGCAGCAGCCAAGAACUGCCCCAAAGUUUGGCCCGUACCAGAAAGCCCUGAGGGAGAUCCGAUACUCCUUGUUGCCUUUCGCCAACGAAUCAGGUCCCCAGGCCACUGCAGAAGUGAACCGACAGAUGCUGCAGGAGCUGGUGAACGCUGGCUGUGACCAGGAGAUGGCGGGCCGGGCGCUAAAGCAGACGGGCAGCAGGAGCAUUGAAGCUGCCCUGGACUACAUCAGCAAGAUGGGCUACCUGGACCCAAGGAAGGAGCAGAUUGUGCGAGUCAUCAAGCAGACCUCCCCAGGAAAAGGCUUGGCGUCCACCUCUGUGCCACGGAGGCCAAGCUUUGAAGGAGGGGGAGAUCCCUUCCCCCCCUACCAUUCGAUGAGCGGGGCCUACGAGAGUAGUGGUGUACUGGAGGAGGUGCCCCGACAGUACAUGGACUUUCUCUUUGCCAGUGUCAGUCCCCACAGCACGCUUGGUGGCCUCCAGCACCAGUCCAAGGGCUACUCUGCAAGUUUGGAGACUGCCGGGAUGAACUUCCCUGUGGACGGGCCUGAGGGCCAAGGCGUCCUGCUGCAGAGCCCACACUACAGGCCACACCUGCUGGUGCCCGGGGCACCCCUGGGCUACGGCGUCCAGCGCAGUCCUUCCUUUCAGAACAAGGUGCCACCGGACACUGCAGGGUAUGCCAGUCUGGCUGCCAAGGGCCCGGCUGGGCAGCCAGGGGCCGGCCACCCCUUCCCAGUGGUGGGGGCCACAGCAGGUUUAUACAUGUCGCAUCCACACCACAAACAGGCCCCUCAGGUGCACGUGAUGGCACCCCCGCAGAGCCUGCUGGCCCCCUCCAGGAACAGCCUCAAUGUGGACCUGUACGAGGCCAGCAGCACCCCUGUCCAGUCGUGGCCGGUGCCCACGCUGGCCCGGCGAGACUCUAUGCAAAAGCAGGCACUAGGGCUGGAGGGCUCUGUGCCCAGCAGAAGCAGCUCCUUCAGCAACCACCAGCAGCCUGUGGCCGCGGCUUCCCCCAACACCAUCACAGCAGUGACAGCGGCCCACAUUCUGCACCCAGUGAAGAGCGUUCGUGUGCUCCGGCCGGAGCCACAGACGGCUGUGGGGCCCUCCCAUCCGGCUUGGGUGCCCGCACCCACUCCAGGGCCUGAGGGGCCCGGUUCCACUGAUGAACAGCCUCCACCGUUGGUGGGUGUGGGCCCCUACCCUCGGGAUGUGGACGUGAGGUGCCCGCCCCCACCCUACCCCAAGCACCUGCUGCGGGGUGCUGUCGAGCAGGUGGACAUGGACUGCCUGUGUGCGGGGGUGGAGCAGCGGCUGUGGGGUACCCCCUCUGAACCCCCCAACAGGGGCCACAAAGGUGCCAAGGCAGACCGAGCUGGGAAGGAUAAGAAGCUGAUCCAGACCUCUCCCGUUCCAGUUCGCAAAAAUAGCCGUGAUGAGGAAAAAAGAGAGUCUCGAAUCAAGAGCUACUCACCCUAUGCAUUCAAGUUCUUCAUGGAACAGCACGUGGAAAAUGUCAUCAAGACCUACCAGCAGAAGGUCAACCGCAGGCUACAGCUGGAGCAAGAGAUGGCCAGAGCCGGACUCUGUGAGGCUGAGCAGGAGCAGAUGAGGAAGAUCCUCUACCAGAAGGAAUCUAAUUACAACAGGCUGAAGAGGGCCAAGAUGGACAAGUCCAUGUUUGUGAAAAUCAAAACCCUGGGGAUUGGUGCCUUUGGGGAAGUGUGCCUGGCGUGUAAGGUUGACACUCACGCACUGUACGCCAUGAAGACCCUGAGGAAGAAGGAUGUCCUAAACCGGAAUCAGGUGGCCCACGUGAAGGCUGAGAGGGACAUCCUGGCUGAGGCAGACAAUGAAUGGGUGGUCAAACUCUACUACUCCUUCCAAGACAAGGACAGCCUAUACUUUGUGAUGGACUACAUCCCUGGGGGCGAUAUGAUGAGCCUGCUCAUUCGGAUGGAGAUCUUCCCGGAGCACCUGGCCCGCUUCUACAUUGCAGAGUUGACUCUGGCCAUCGAGAGUGUCCACAAAAUGGGCUUUAUCCACCGAGACAUCAAGCCAGACAACAUUUUGAUAGAUCUUGAUGGUCACAUCAAACUGACAGAUUUUGGUCUCUGCACUGGAUUCAGGUGGACUCACAACUCAAAGUACUACCAGAAAGGGAGCCACAUCAGACAGGACAGCAUGGAGCCUGGUGACCUAUGGGAUGAGGUGUCUAAUUGUCGUUGUGGAGACAGGCUGAAGACCCUGGAGCAGAGAGCCAGAAAGCAGCAUCAGAGGUGUCUAGCGCACUCCCUGGUUGGGACCCCAAAUUACAUUGCCCCGGAAGUGCUCCUCCGAAAAGGGUACACUCAGCUCUGUGACUGGUGGAGCGUUGGAGUGAUUCUCUUCGAGAUGCUGGUGGGGCAGCCACCCUUUCUGGCCCCCACUCCCACGGAAACCCAGCUGAAGGUGAUAAACUGGGAGAACACGCUCCACAUUCCAGCCCAGGUCAAGCUGAGCCCUGAGGCCCGGGACCUCAUCAUUAAACUGUGUUGUGCUGCUGACCACCGGCUGGGGAGGAACGGGGCUGACGACCUGAAGGCCCACCCAUUCUUCGUCACCAUUGAUUUCUCUAGUGACAUUCGGAAGCAGCCAGCCCCCUACAUUCCCAAGAUCAGCCACCCCAUGGACACCUCAAAUUUUGACCCCGUAGAUGAAGAAAGCCCUUGGAACGAUGCUAGUGAAGACAGCACCAAGGCCUGGGACACGCUCACCUUCCCAAAUAACAAGCACCCUGAGCAUGCAUUUUAUGAAUUUACCUUUCGAAGGUUCUUUGAUGACAAUGGCUACCCCUUCAGGUGCCCAAAGCCUUCAGGAGCAGAGGCGUUACAGGCUGAGAACUCCAAUUUGGAAAAUUCCAAUCUGGUGGAUCAGACUGAAGGUUGCCAACCAGUGUACGUGUAGACAGACUUGGCACUGACGACACCCAGGUGCCCAUGGCUGGUUCCUUAAAAGACCUGAUGGAAAGUUAGGGCAGCUUUGUUUUCAGUUAACCCAUUGAUUACUUCACUUGAAAUUCUUGUCUUCACUAAGAAACCCAAAACAAAAAUGCUUUUUAAAAAGGACUCAAGUAUAGCAUCUCUUCAUUUCUAGAUUCUGGUUGAUAAGGGGGAUGGUUGUCAAUAUGGCUUUGAAUUGGCUUUUGAGGACCUUCACUGUAUUGAAACAAGUUUUUAAAAAUUUAGUACAGUUUAAAAGAGCACUUAUUUUGUUUAUAGUCAUUUUUAUUACUAAGUUAUAAGGAUUAACUCUGACAAAUUAUGCUGCUGUCAUUUUAUACAUUUGUAUUUUAUCACAGCACUUACAUUUAGGAAAAGAAAUAACUGAAGAACAUGUGAUAAGAAAUCUCUGUGCAAUAACUUAAAGAAAGAUAACACUGUUUUGAUGUUACUGAUACCAUUUUAUUCACACAAUGGUUUUGGUUUUAUGUUUUUUCCUGCAUUUCAAAAUUGUGAUAUGUUAAAAGCUGCUUUAUUUUAUUAUAAUUUUUUUCUUUUUGCAUAUUAUAGUGUCAUAGACAGUGUGAGCAAGGUGAUUCCAUGGGUGUGAUUUCUGAUGUCUGAUGUGUAGAGAAUGUUGCAUGAGUUGGGUCUUCUAUUAUAAAUGACCAUGUCUUGCCAUUCACAGCAGGUUCUGUGAAGAUGUUUUUAUAAAGUAUCUAUAAAUGAGACAUUGUAGACAGUGUGCGAUGACAUGUAUGGGUGACUUCACUGUGAUUGUAUCCCUUACUGUUUUGUUAAAGAAAUGCAGGUGUGUAACUGAGAAGUGACUUCUGUGUGUCUUGGUUAUGGCUGGAUUCUUUGGAGGCUAAACUUAAGAAUUUGUCAUAUACUAAACUUGUGAUUAAUUUAGCUAUGCCAAAAAGUUUAACAUUAAUCAUGGAACUCUGUCUUGGUGUAGCUGAUGUAUGGAAUCCAACAGCUGCCACCCUACUGUCACCAGAUGGGCCCCGUCAAGAGGUCUGCCUGACGCCAUUCAUCCCGCUGUCAGACAGCUUCAGUCUUACCAUGGUGAAAUGUAGUAAUCUCGGCAUUCUUUCACUUUUUUUUUAAUUGUGCUUUGAAGUGUCGAUCUUAACUUCAUUUUAAAAAUACAUUUUCCUCAUCUUUGUAAAACAGCAAGGAUUAUUUAAAGUAACAUUGGAAUAAAAAAAUUAAGCCAUACAAUUUUCUUAGAUGUGUAGAUGCAUAUAUAUAUAUAUAUAACUACAUAGAUAAACGUACAAAAUAUUUCUUAUUUCAAAUUAGUAUGAUUUUUAUUUAAAGUGAUAUAUAUUUGAGUAAAAAGUUCAGUUAUUUUUUGCUUUUUAAGAAUCUGUUGCAUCAUAUUUUCAUUAUACUCCACAUAUUUUUUUCCUUGAUGUUUUCAGCACAAUAUACUCAUUAUUUAGUGUAUAUCUAGGCAACAACACUUACAAGUUUAUCAAUGUCUAAAAAAAAAAGGUUCCUGUGUACCGGUUUACAUUUUGAAUGAGUGGCAACCCAACAUCUGCUGUGCUUAUACCGUAACUGUCAGUAUUUCCGUGACUUUACAGUAAUACCAUGUUGUUAUUUACAGCAUUCUGACACACUUUUAUGUGGUAGGUUCUUUCUCAGGAACUCAAUUUAUUAUUUAUUGAUAUAUCAUUGCCUUUGAAAAGCUUCUAUGGCACAAUUUAUUAUUAAAAUUUUGAAUAUAAA